AUGGCUAACCUAGCAACCGGGGCUCUCUCCUUGCCCCUGGUGAGCGUCACUUUGCCCUCGUUCGCUUUGGGCCUUUUGAUCACCUUCAAGACCCAGAGCGGGUAUCAUCGCUUCAUCGAGGGCCGGGAGCUCUGGAACGGUUUGGUCCGGGAGUCCCGGUCCCUCUCGAGUCGAAUUCUUCUUCGAGUGCCGGGUACCGCCGGCAUCGAGUGCACGCCGGUCUACGAUGCGCAGCAGUAUGCCCUGAAGCUCAUCCGGUGUUUUGCCAUCGCUUUGAAGUAUCACCUGACUGAG